AUGUCCCACUCAGUGUCCAAGAAGAUCAAAAAGCUAGAUGAAUCAGUGAUAAGCAAAAUAGCUGCUGGUGAAAUCAUAAUUCAGCCAGCCAACGCCCUUAAAGAAAUGUUGGAAAACUCCAUCGAUGCCAAGGCAACAAACAUUGAAAUCGUUGUCAAGGAAGGUGGGCUCAAGUUGCUACAAAUAACAGACAACGGAGAAGGAAUAGAUAAGGAGGACUUGCCACUUUUAUGCGAAAGGUUCGCCACCUCGAAACUCACAAAAUUCGAGGAUUUGGAACUGAUUGCCACCUAUGGGUUUCGAGGUGAGGCGUUGAGUAGUAUUUCCCACAUAUCACGGUUAUCGGUAACGACAAAGACGCGAGAGUCAAAGUUGGCAUAUAGGGCGUUUUACUUGGAUGGGAAGCUAUGCACGUCAACUUUCAAGUCCGCAUCCUUGUCGUCAUCGUCGUCUGCAGAUAAUAAAGCAGUUGAACCAAAACCCAUUGCAGGUCGUGAUGGUACACAAAUCACCGUUGAGGAUUUGUUCUACAACCUACCAUCCCGGUUCAAAGGGUUAAAAUCAAAGAGUGAUGAGUUUGCCAAGAUUUUAGAUGUUGUAGGGAGGUAUGCGGUCCACACGCAACGUGUUGGGUUCAGCUGCAAGAAAUACGGUGACCCUUUACAUCAAUUAAACACUAGAGCAAACAUGCCGUUGAAAGAGAGGAUACGUACAGUAUAUGGAUCUGCUGUUGCUAAUGAGCUAUUGGAGAUCAGUAUUAAUACAGACACGGUAGAGGAAAGUAGUGGAGGUGGCAAUGAUGAUGAUGAUGAUGCUCAUGGAGGUAAGGCUAAAGAACUAGGCUUGCUUAAUGCAUCUGGUGUCAUUACUAAUGCCAAUUACAACAACAAAAAGAAAAUACAGCCGAUAAUAUUCAUCAACAACCGACUAGUCUCUUGUGAUCCAUUGAAACGGGCCAUGAAUUCAGUUUUCCAAUUCUUUUUACCAAAAGGUAACUAUCCAUUUUUUUACAUCAGUUUAGAAAUAAAGCCAGAAAAUUUAGAUGUCAAUGUCCACCCCACGAAACGUGAAGUGCGAUUUUUGAAUGAAGAAGAGAUUAUCGAUGUUAUUGUGGGUAAAGUGCAUAGUACAUUGGCCAAUUUUGACACUUCAAGAAAAUUCCAAACGCAGAGUAUUGUAUCAAAACGAGGGUUUGCAUUAUUGGACGAAGAACGGCUUGAUGAUGGUGGCAAGUCCUCCAAUGGUGGUCAGCCGUUUAUCAAAAAGUAUCGACAAGAGAACAAGUUGGUGCGUAUAGACGCUAGCCAAUCGAAGAUUAAUCCGUUUUUGCAAUCUGAGUACCCUACUAGUCAAAUUUUGCAUAGUUUGGAUGACGAAUUGAUUGGCAGUGGAGAAACACCGCCGGAGCAGCAGCAACAGCAGCAGCAGCAGCAACAGCAACAACAGCAGCAGCAGCAACAGCAACAACAGCAGCCACGAGAGAGUUCAGAGAGAUCUGGAGAUAACGAAGUUCUAGAGACCAACGACAUAACAGCGGUUGACGAGUCAUCCCAAGAUGUACCGAUUACAAAUAUCAAUGCAACUCGUUGUCAAGUAGAAGUCAAUCUUGAAUCUAUUAGCAAAUUGAAGAAUGAAUUAUCAGAUUUUAUUGACAAGUCAUUGACAAAUGUAUUUAGUCAAGCAGUAUUUGUUGGAAUAAUUGAUGCAGCGAAAAGACUAUGCUGUUUCCAGUAUGAUGUCAAACUAUAUCUAUGUGAUUAUGCUGCUGUUUUAUUAGAGUUUUAUUAUCAAGUGGCUCUACAUGAAUUUUGCAACUAUGGUGAAAUACAAUUUGAUGAACCAAUAGCAUUACACACAAUAUUGGAGCCCUUGUAUGAGCUAAAACAAGGUGAUGACGAAGAUGGCAAUGAUGAUAAACUAGUGCCAAUGAAUGAAGUGAUUGACAAUAUAGUCAAAAUGAGAGAAAUGUAUGAUGAGUAUUUUCAAAUAAGGAUUGAUAACGAUGGAAAUUUAAUGACAAUACCGAUGUUGAUGCAAAAUGUUCAGCCUGAUUUCAGAAAACUUUCGUAUUUCGUGUAUCGGUUGGGUACUAAAAUCAAUUAUGAAAAUGAGAAACAGUGUUUGCAUGGGGUGCUUAGGCAGAUUGCGUUGUUAUACAUUCCAGAACCAAUUGGAGUGGAAGAAGAGGAUGGAGAAGGAGAAAAUUUUGAAGAUGAAACUAUACAGAGUCAACGUGAAUUCUUGGAACACGAGUUGGAAAAUGUUUUAUUUCCUGAGAUAAAGAAACAAUUUUUGGCAACAAAGAAUAUAGCCCGAGAUGUGAUCCAAAUUGCUGAUUUACCAGGUUUAUAUAAAGUUUUUGAACGGUGUUGA